AAGAGUAUUUGGGUGAAAAGCCCCACGAUAGCGUGGUCCGUACAGUGUCGAACAGUGGUACUGUGCUACCGUGGCUCCAGCGAAGAGGAUAAGCUCUGCAACACAAGAAGCACGUGAACUGAACCUGACAGCAAUGACCAUGUCGCAUCUACUGAAGCAAACCAAGAAGUGCUGCGUAAAGAUUAUUCGGAAACUUUCGCUCAACUCCAACACAACGGCAACGGGCGGAGGAUCAGGUGCGGACCAGUCACCGACAAACCAUGGCCACGGGCUAAACAAUCGCAUUACGGCCAAAUACGUGCUGCACACGAACUGCACACCAACCCGGUGCAAGGUGCAACCGUGCUGUGACUCGACGUCGACCGCUACAACGGUCUUCGAGGAGCAUCCCGUCUACGGAUGGCCAUCCAUCGAUGAGCAGGGGUCCGUAGACGGAUCGACGGUGAAUCGGGCCGGGUUUCGCCCACUGGCAGAGGAACCGCCAAUGGAGUCUUCGUUACCAAACAUACCGGAAACGCAGAACAACUAUAAGCUGAGCCGCAACACGAAGAAUCUGCCGAAGAAGCGAACCAACAUUACCAGCAACAAGAACGUGAACCUGCGGAAGUGCUUUCGGUUACGUUCGAAAACAUUCGAUGGUCCGUUGGCGGCCAUGGCAGCAACGGGUGGUACCGAGGGAACGGUGGCGGAAUCGGUGCAGCAGCAGCAGCAGCUCAGCAGACCGGCGGUGAUGACAACAUCGACAACCAGCGCGACAACGACGACAACGACGACGGUGAAUGGCGCAGCGGAACGGGAACCAACGGAUUCGCAAACGUUGGCCAGCAAUAACAGUAGCAGCCGACUGAUCGGGACCCGACUGGACAAGAUUAGCAAGAGCUUAAUGAUGCGCAGCGCAAGUGUUGAGGCCACGGGCCAUGCCGAAGUGGCCGGUGAGGAGCAACAGCAGCACCACCAUCAACACCUUCACGGGCUAGCUGCGGUAGCCAAGCGUUCGAAGCCGCUUUUCCUAACCUCGAACAAGCACCGAAGGAGUAAUUAUAACCACAUCGAUGCCGGCGACGACGAUGACGACGAUGAUGACGACUACGACGAUGAUAACGGGACCGGCGAAUUCGAUGAAGUGUUGAUCGAGGAGCUGGGUGAAGGGCAGGCCCGGUGGCGACGCUCGGUGUACCAUCAGGAUCAGGAAGGUCUCACGCUUUCCAGCAUUGGCGGUGCAAGCAAAAGGCAGUUCGGACUGGACGGAUCAGCGGAACAGGAGACGACAUUAACGGAUCAGUCGACAGUAGUUCCGUCGGUGCUGGAGCGCCUAACGGUGGCCGAGACGGCAGCGGCCAUUCUGUUCGAGAAGGUCAAGUAUGAUCGCACCAAGCGGUACCUGAUUGAUCAGCUAGGCGAACCGGACAGUGCGGCGUCCACCUCACCGGCCGGAUCAGCCAGUUCGAUUGGUGCUUUCCAUGGGCUGUCAUCGUCGUGCUCGUCCUCCCCGUUCCAUCUGGCGAUCGCGGCAGCCGCCGCCAAGAGUGAGGACUUUGUCGAUCCGUGGAAGAACUACAACAUACGCGGUGGUGCCAGUGGGGACAAAGUCUCGAAAAACCCCUGGGAUCACCAGCAGCAGCAGCAACAGCAGUCCUUGGGGAAGACACUAAAGGCUAGCCCGGUGUUGAUGGAGUCCGUAUCGCCGACACCGGUCACGACGUCCUACACGCCCGUACGAUCCCACUGGAACCCAUUCGAGUACUCGCCGGCUCAUCUGGCCCGGCUCAGUGGUCAGAAGCAGCAUCAUCAGCAACAACAGCACCAGGUAGCACAACCAAAGCAGCAGCAGUACCGACCGGCGUUCCAGGUGCAGACCGAUGUCUGGGAAAAUUUGAACAACAAGCACUACGAGAUCGAUACGGAUGUGGUGUGGCGAUCGACCCGUUGCUCGUCCCGCCGGACCAGUGCCAGCACGGUCGAGACUUGGAUCGACGACGAAACGUUCGACAACUCGUUCAACGAGGAGCUGGAACGCCGCUGUGCUACACUGCAGAUCUGCGAGUAAGGCCAGGCGGGUAGCCAGGCCAGGCAGUUGGUCACUCCGCCGCAAUAUUCCGUCCCAAAAAAAAUAGAGAGAGAAAGAGAGAAAGAGAGAAAGAGAGAGAGAGAGAGAAAGAGAGAAAGAAAGAGAUAGAAAGGGGAGCGGGAAGAAAGAGAGACAGUUGGGAGGCUGUAUCCGACGGUCUGCUUCGCCUUCUCCACGUGGAGAGUGGAGUUGUCCGAAGCUGCUUAGACUGUGCGCUGACGAGGCCACCUUGUGCCAUUUGUGACUGAAAAAGCAUCACCGGGUGGAUCGAUCGGUUUUCAUGAUCUUCGUUUCAUUUCAUUUUGUGAUACUAAUUUGUAUGUACAUGCGUUAUAUCGAGUUUAUGCUUUAAUUAACAAACAACCAACAGCAGCGGGUGUAAGGGUUUCAAAGGGGGGUGUUCUUUUGUUUCCCUUUUCAAUAGUCUUUUGAUUCGUUUUCGUUUCAUUCACUUCCAUCCUCUUCUAUGGGAGCUUCUUUACACAGAGAUGUUCAGACAGUGUGAGAUCAGGGUUGGGUGGUAAAAGAUGUGCUUCAAAAGAUCUGAAGGAAGGCCCGUAUUGAAAGUAUAAAAAAAAUAUAAAACAGCACAGAAGGAACGCAACGCACGACGCACUUGAUAGCUUUAAUUAGAAACCCUUCGAACGGUUGAUUCGAUCGGGGAAAAGGUGUGGCGUGCUAGCAUACACCCCCGUCGCAACCAACAGCUCUAUUCGCGGGCAGCUCCUAGCAGCA